AUGCAUAAUGCAAAUGUAGAGAAUUUUGCAUCGCUGAGGAACGACAACGUGAUCAAGUUGACGUCCAUCCUCCACUUGACGCAUGUCCAGGAUGUGGACUCGGGCAGCUACCAGUGCAUUGUUACCAACCAGUUUGGAUCUGUCUUCUCCAAGAAGGCCAGAGUUAAUGUAUAUGGACGUGAAUCCCUGUCCCAUAAUGCCAUAUCAAACAUCAGCAAAGGCUCAUGGGAAUGCUGCCCUAUGUUACAACAGCUUGACCUGUCCAGUAACAGACUGACCACAAUCGUAGAGGACAGCACUUUCCACCUCCUGCCGUUACUACGCGUUCUUACGUUGACCAAUAACCAGAUCUCGUACAUUGCGGGAGGUGCCUUCAGGAGCAUGGGCAAUCUGGAAGUAUUAGAGUUGGCUGGCAAUGAGAUAUCCUGGACUAUUGACAUGAAUGCAGCAUUUGAAGGUUUGACCAGUUUACUGCGGUUAGAUCUAAACAAUAAUCACAUCAAGUCCAUCUCUACUACCUCCUUCAGCGGCCUGGUACAGCUGCGCCAUCUACAGUUGGUUAACAACAACAUCACCUCCAUACAGGAAGAUGCAUUUGCUGAUCUUGUGAGCUUGGAACAGAUGUAA